UAACGACUAAUAUCAAAUGAAUUAUUUUAAUUAGUCAUUGUUUAUAUAGUUGUGUACACGUUUUUUUUUUUGCGCAGUUGUUCUUGUUGUGUGUACUUUGUUUUUGCCUGUUGCAACAUGUAUUAAAGUCCCAUUUGGACGUGCUUUAACGUGAUUGUUGUGAUUGCAGUGUGUUGUUGUUGUCGUUGCUGCUGAAAGAGGAAAACAUACACACACACGCACACACACACACACUCACACACACACGCACACAUAUAUACACAAGAUGGAGGAUCGCAUGAUGGCCCACACUGGGGGCAUGAUGGCACCGCAGGGCUACGGCCUGCCCGGCCAGGAUGAUGGCCAGAACGCUGGCAACGAGAACGAGGUGCGCAAGCAGAAGGAUAUCGGCGAGAUCCUGCAACAGAUCAUGAGCAUCUCCGAACAAUCCCUGGACGAGGCGCAGGCCAGAAAGCACACACUCAACUGUCACCGCAUGAAGCCGGCCCUCUUCUCAGUGCUGUGCGAGAUCAAGGAGAAAACCGUACUUUCAAUUCGCAACACGCAAGAGGAGGAGCCACCAGAUCCGCAACUGAUGCGCCUGGACAACAUGCUGAUUGCCGAGGGCGUGGCUGGUCCCGAGAAGGGCGGCGGUGGCGCCGCCGCUGCCUCAGCCGCAGCAGCCAGCCAAGGCGGCUCGCUGUCCAUCGAUGGUGCGGACAAUGCCAUCGAGCACUCGGACUAUCGCGCCAAGCUGGCCCAGAUUCGCCAGAUCUAUCACCAGGAGCUGGAGAAAUACGAGCAGGCCUGCAACGAGUUCACCACGCACGUCAUGAACUUGCUGCGCGAGCAGAGUCGCACCAGACCCAUUACACCCAAAGAGAUUGAGCGCAUGGUGCAGAUCAUCCACAAGAAGUUCAGCUCGAUUCAGAUGCAGCUGAAGCAGUCGACCUGCGAGGCAGUGAUGAUAUUGCGAUCCCGUUUCUUGGAUGCACGCCGCAAGCGUCGCAAUUUUAGCAAGCAGGCAUCCGAGAUACUCAACGAGUAUUUCUAUAGUCAUUUGAGCAAUCCGUAUCCAUCCGAGGAGGCCAAGGAGGAGCUGGCGCGCAAAUGCGGCAUAACUGUGUCGCAAGUAUCGAAUUGGUUUGGCAACAAGCGCAUCCGUUACAAGAAGAACAUUGGCAAGGCACAGGAGGAGGCCAAUUUGUAUGCGGCCAAGAAGGCAGCUGGCGCCUCGCCAUAUUCGAUGGCCGGCCCGCCCAGUGGCACCACAACGCCAAUGAUGUCGCCCGCACCGCCACAGGACUCGAUGGGUUAUCCGAUGGGCUCCGGCGGAUAUGAUCAACAGCAGCCGUAUGAUAACAGCAUGGGCGGCUAUGAUCCCAACCUGCAUCAGGAUCUUAGCCCUUGAGGAUAGGCUUGCCAAAGCUAAAACAACAUUAAUAGGGUCUAUUUUUUUUUUGUAUCUUUUUAAUAAUAUCUUUUGUAAUUAUGAAUAUAUAUAUAUAUAUAUAUAUAUAUAUAUGUAUAUCUGUGUGCGAGGUGUGUGCACAAAUCCAUAUAUAUAUAAAUAUAUAUAUUUCAAUGUGUGUGUAUCUAUUUGCGUGUGUGUGCGAGUGUGUGUGUGUAUCUGGGAUUGUUUGUUUGUGUGUGUAUGUAGCAUACAAUCAAUUAUGUAUACGAUUAUGUCUUAAUUAAUAUUAUGUACUGAAAACAAAAAAAAACAAAAAGCAAAAACAAAAAAAAGGAAAAACAACUAACAAAACAAGAAAACACAAAAGAAACAACACACAACACA